CAGAAUACCAGCCCAUCUGUGACUAGAAGUUGAUUAUUUAGCAAGUAAUCCGCUUCAGUCAUUCUCCUCUGCCUCACAAUGUGGCUGUGCGAUUUGUUUCUGUGGCUUGAUCUGAGGGGAAUGCUACUUUUUAUUUUUGCCUUUCUUCUCGUAGUGUAUUUUCUAAAUAGAAAGGAUCCACCCAACUUCCCACCAGGACCACUAUCUCUUCCUCUUUUAGGAAACAUAUUCAAUAUUGAAUCUAAACAACCUCACAUUUACUUAACCAAGCUAGCUGAUGUUUAUGGGAAUGUGUUCUGCAUUCGUCUGGGAAGACAAAAAACAGUGUUUGUGUCUGGGUGGAAGAUGGUGAAGGAAGCAAUUGUCACACAGGCUGAUAACUUUGUGGACCGGCCAUUCAGCCCAAUGGUGACCAGAAUUUAUUCAGGGAACUCAGCGGGUCUUUUCUUCAGUAAUGGGAACGUGUGGAGGAAACAACGGCGUUUUGCCAUGGCCACGUUACGUACCUUUGGUUUGGCCAAGAGCUCCAUGGAGCAGAGCAUCUGUGAGGAGAGUCAUCAUCUGCAGGAGGCGAUGGAGAAGGAAAAAGGUGAGCCAUUUGACCCUGUGCCCCUCUUAAAUGACGCUGUGGCCAACAUCAUCUGCCAGAUAGUGUUUGGGAGACGGUUUGACUACAGCGACCAUAACUUCCAGAGCAUGCUAAAGAAUCUGACUGAGAUGGCUUAUCUGGAGGGAUCCGUAUGGGCUCUACUAUACGAUGCAUUCCCAGCACUGAUGAAACGCCUGCCGGGGCCUCACAAUGGCAUCUUCAGUAGCUCCAAAUGUCUGAAGGCAUCUAUCAGGACAGAGAUAGAGAGGCACAAGUUGGAUCUGGACCCCAGCAACCCCCGAGAUUACAUCGACACCUUCCUGAUAGAGCAGAAUCGCAACAGAAACAGUGAACUUGGUUUUGACGAUGGCAACCUGGUUCUGUGUUGUCUGGAUCUGUUCCUGGCUGGUGGCGAAACCACUUCGAAGACCCUGCAGUGGGGGCUCAUCUACCUCAUCAAGAACCCUCAUAUCCAGGACAAAGUCCAGGCAGAGAUAGACAGAGUGAUCGGACGGACCCGACUUCCCAGAAUGGCAGACAGACCUAACCUGCCCUACACCGACGCUGUCAUCCACGAGAUCCAGAGGAUGGGAAACAUUGUUCCCCUCAAUGGACUUAGAAUGGCUGCCAAGGACACAACAAUGGGUGGUUACGUCAUACCCAAGGGAACUUCAGUGAUGCCCAACCUGACCUCUGUGCUGUUUGACAAGACUGAGUGGGAGACGCCAGACACCUUCAACCCUGGACAUUUCCUGGAUGCUGAAGGGAUGUUCGUGAGGAGGGAUGCAUUUUUACCGUUCUCUGCAGGAAAGCGUGCAUGUCUGGGUGAAGGCCUGGCAAGAAUGGAGCUGUUCUUGUUUGUUGUCAGUUUGUGUCAGAAGUUUUAUUUUUCCACUCUGGAUGGACUUGAGCUGAGUACAGAGGGAGUCACCGGAGCAACACGCACACCAUACCCCUUUAAGAUCUAUGCCCACGCCCGCUAAACCCUGCAACCUGUCCUCUAAUAUAGACCGUACGCUACAGUAAAGCCAAAAAGACCACACAUGCAGCAUCCGUGGCUAAUUUUUAUGUCAGUACCAUUCAUCUUUUUUUAGAAAGACUCAAAGGCAAAUUCUCCUUAUGCCUGUAAAUAAAGGGCACAAACGAAGAGAAAUGUCUGUUUUUCAAAAUAACCAUGUAUGUGUAAACUGCAAACUGU